GAUACUUUGUAGGUCAGCCAUGUGGACCCUGGUGAGCUGGGUGGCAUUGGUGGCAGGGUUGGUGGCUGGCAGGCAGUGCCCAGAUGGCCAGAUCUGCCCUGUGGCCUGCUGCCUGGACCCUGGAGGAGCGAGCUACAGCUGCUGCAGCCCCAUGAUGGACCAAUGGCCCUCUCUGCCCACAGUAAGGAGCAGGCAGCUGGGCAUUCCCUGCCAGGCCGAUGCUCACUGCUCUGCUGGCGCCUCCUGCCUCCUCACAGUCUUAGGAACCUCCCGCUGCUGCCCGUUACCAGAGGCAGUGUCUUGCGGAGACGGGCAUCACUGUUGCCCCCGGGGCUUCCACUGCCAUGCGAACGGACGGUCCUGCUUCCGCAGACCAGAUGCCAACCCCUUGGGUGCGGUCCAGUGCCCUGAUAGCCAGUUUGAAUGCCCCAACUCCUCCACGUGUUGCACUAUGCGAGAUGGCUCGUGGGGCUGCUGCCCUAUGCCCCAGGCCUCCUGCUGUGAAGACAAGAUGCACUGCUGUCCCCACGGGGCCUCCUGUGACCUGGCGCAGGCCCGCUGCCUCCUGCCCACAGGCGGCACCUAUUCCCUGGCCAAGAAGACUCCGGCACGCAGGACUGAUGGGAUAGUGGCUCUGCCCCGAGCUGUCAUGUGUCCUGAUGGGCAGUCCCAGUGCCCUGACGGUUCUACCUGCUGCAAGAUGCCCAGUGGGGAGUAUGGCUGCUGUCCAAUGCCCAAUGCUGUCUGCUGCUCCGACCAUGUGCACUGCUGCCCCCAGGACACUGUAUGUGACCUCAUCCAGAAUAAGUGCCUCCCUGGGGAGAAUGUCACGGGCCUCCUCACCAAGCUGCCCGCACACACAGUGCAGGAGGUGAAGUGUGACAAAGAGAUGAGCUGCCCCGAUGGUUACACCUGUUGCCGCCUGUCGACGGGAAGCUGGGGUUGCUGCCCGUUUGCCCAGGCUGUGUGCUGUGAGGACCACAUGCACUGCUGCCCGGAAGGCUUUAGAUGUGACACACAGAAGGGGAUCUGUGAGCAGGGGAGCCACCAGGUGCCCUGGAGGAAGAAGGGCCCCGCCCACCUCAGCCGGCCAGACCCCCAAGCCAUGGAGAGUGAUGUCCCUUGUGACAACGUCACCAGCUGCCCCCCCUUCAACACCUGCUGCCGACUCCUGUCUGGGAAGUGGGGCUGCUGUCCUGCCCCUGAGGCCGUCUGCUGCUCGGACCACCAGCACUGCUGUCCCCACGGCUACACAUGCACAGGCGAGGGGCAAUGUCAGGAUGGGGACAGGAUAGUGGCCGCACUGAAGAAGGAGCCCGCUCGCCCAGCCUCCCUGCCCCACCUCACAGACACCAGCUGUGACCAGCACACCAGCUGCCCGGUGGGCCAGACAUGCUGCCCGAGGCUGAGCAAAGGCUGGGCAUGCUGCCAGCUGCCCCACGCCGUGUGCUGUGAGGAUCGGCAACACUGCUGCCCGGCUGGGUACACCUGUAACGUGAAGGCCCGCACCUGUGAGAAGGAGGUAGCGGCAGGCCAGCCCUCCUCCCUCCUGAUCCACAGUCCUCCUGUGGCCUUGGGGGAUGUGGCCUGUGGGGAAAGCCACUUCUGCCACGAUAACCAGACCUGCUGCCGAGACAGCCUUGGGGGCUGGGCCUGCUGCCCCUACCGCCAGGGCAUCUGUUGUGCAGAUAAACAGCACUGUUGCCCCGCUGGCUUCCGCUGUGGGGCCAGGAGCACCAAGUGUUUGCCCAGGGAGGCCCUUCCCUGGGCCAUCCGUGAGAGGGACCCAGCCCAGAGACAGCUGCUCUGAAGAGGGACGGAAGACUGAGAAUACUUCACAGCCCUGGGGAGAGACCCUGCUUCUCGGGGUGCCCGUUGCUCAGGCCUUCCCACCAAAUCCCUCUGCCCUUCCCAUCAGUGGAGGCGAUGGGCCCUCAACCUAAGGCCUUCCCAUCUGAAAGGGGGGCAAAAACCCCGUUCAAAGCUGCCGCCCUCCCCCUGACUGCUGUAGGCCCUGUGGCCAGGUGCUCUGUCCUAUCCACAGGUAGGUGGGUGGGUGUGUGCGCAUGCGCACGCUCUCUAAUAAAGUUUUUACACUUUC